CAACCACCAUUACCAUGAUUCUUUUUUCUGAAAAAAAAACAUGUCCCAUUAGUUUUUCUCUCUCACUCCUCCCACUUCCACUUGACUUUUACACCGCUCACAUCAUUUUCUCCAUUUCACAACCAUUUCAUCUGUUCAUCCUCACAUUUACCAGUUAUUUUCAUUCCACCCAAAAACCUUCUCAUACUCUUCUCCUAUUUAUUAACCUCUCUAUCUUUUGUUCCAUUGAAAGUUAGAUUUGGUUUUGAUUUCAAAGAUGAGAACUCCUGUUGAGAAUAGGCCCAAAUAUGAACUUGUAGAUUGUUUUCUUAGGGUUUUUUCCAUUUUUCUCUCUGCUGUCUCCAUAUGGUUAUCUGUUACCAAUCAGCAGGACAACUCCACCUAUGGAAAACUAGAGUUCAGCAAUCUCAUUGGAAUCAAGUACAUGGUUUGCAUCAGUGCCAUUUCUGCUGGAUAUACUCUUUGUUCUCUCCUAUCCUCGUUUGUCAAAUUCUUGGUAACUAGAGUAUGGAUUUACUUUGUUACUGACCAGGUUGUGGCAUACUUAAUGGUCACAUCAGUGGCUGCAGUAGGAGAGAUUCUAUACUUGGCCUACAAUGGGGAUCAAAAGGUGACAUGGAGUGAAGCCUGUACUUCUUAUGGAAGGUUUUGCAGUAGAUUGAAGUUGGCUUUGGCUGUCCAUGCUGUUGCUCUUUGCUGCUUCUUUGUAAUUGCUGGCUUCUCAGCUUUUAGGUUUUUUACCAAAUUUGAGCCCCCUCUUCCUCCUAAUAAAGAGGUUGAAGAACAAAGGACCUAAAAACUCUAUCUCUCUCUCUCUCCCCUAAUUGGUUCAGAUGAUAAUAGAGUUGUUAUUGGUACUCAUAUGAACAAUAUUUUUGUAUGUGCUGCUUUUGAUGAUAUAUACCCGUUUGUUUGGUUUGUAA